GUCUAGCAGGCCGGUCGUCUACAGGGGUGAUAGGGGAAAACACCUUUUUUUAUUUUUAGAAUUUUUUAUUAUCAGUUCGUGUGCUAGAAAAGUAAAUCCACUAGGGCUCCUUUUCUUUCCCGAUUUUUUGGGACUAAAAUCAAAAUGACGGUACAAUUUGGGACCGCAUCCAAGCCAAAUCUCUUCUAUGAGGAAUUCCCAAUGUAGGACAACAACAGUUAGAUUGUAUAUUAGUCAAAUAACAACAAUUAGUCAACAACAACAAUACAAGCAUGCUGCAAAAAUAACGAGUGAAGAGGCUGCGGUUUCUUUAAGUGGAUGCGUCUACACUAUUCUGAGCCUUUUAAGCUUAUCCGUUCAAAUCACAGUAUUCCGCAUGCAUUACAAUUCACGAGUAGGUAGAAUGAAAUUGGUCAGUGAUGCCUUGAGGCUUGGCUGUUUCCUUCUCUCUGCCCCAUUUAAAGCAGUUCAUUGGGCUUCCUUUAAGGUUGCUAGUGAUGUUAUUGAUUGGCAUCCCUUGGAGUUGCUAGCUAAGGGAAGCAAAUAUGCUCUUUUGAUUCUUAACCAACCCAUUGAAUUCACCAAGAGCACUGCUGUAAUGAUAUGGAAUAGAGCAUCUAUUCGAGCAACUGUGGACGGUGGCACCAACAUAUGGUUCAAAUUUUCUGAAGGAAUAGAAAAUGAAAUUGGCCUCAGUAAUCCUAUUCCUGACCUUGUGACUGGAGACUUUGAUUCAGCAGAAACACGGUGCUUAAAAUAUUACCAAGAACAUGGCGCUAAAGUAAUACACACACCUGAUCAAGAUGAAACAGACUUUAACAAAUGUAUUCGUGAACUUAGCACAGAGCUUGUUGCCCGUGAACUGAAAGUGAAUGCCGUCAUCGCGGUUUGUGAAAAUACUGGCCGAUUGGACCAUAUACUUUCGAAUCUCAAUACACUGCAAAAAGCCCGUGAUAUACUAGGAAGUGUACCGCUUUACCUGCUUACGCACAGUUCGAUUAGUUGGGUUCUGCACACUGGUCGACACAGAAUACAUGUUGAUGACCGUGUAAUCGACCAGCAUUGUGGUUUGAUCCCAUUAGGGCAGCCUGCCUAUGUCACAUCGUCAGGGUUGAAAUGGGAUAUGGAUUGCCUGAAGUUAGAGUUUGGCGGCCUCAUUUCAACGUCAAACAAGUUCACGGAUCAGGCAACUGUAACUUUGGAGACAGAUCGUCCGAUUCUCUUUACCAUGACGUUACCGCCAUGGAAAUAACGUGUGCUAGUCAUUCGCUUCAUUGGUGCAUACAUUACUAUGACAAAGACUAUCAUUUGACCAACAAAUAAACAGCUAAUAUAGUAUAAUUA